GUGCCUCCUGUUCAACCGCGCGACUCCCCCUCUCCAAGGUCUCUGGAAUCGAGCCAGGGGAUACCCCAGAGCGCACAGGUCCUCUCACCAUCUGGCUCUACCUGGACUUUCCUCCACUUCUCCAGGUGUGAAGACACUGGCAUUUACACCGUUUGCCACCAUGACAGGUCUCCCAACCCCACCUCCCCCAAAAGAAGAUGAGCUGAUGUCCACUCCACUCCUACAGGCCACUGAAACACUGACUCCUACAGCUGUUGCCAACACUGCAGUCAUUGCAGUUGUUAUCACAGUGGUCUUCAUCACCCUGCUCUCAGUCCUGAUCAUCAUCAUCGUUUACCUGUACAAGAACAAAGGCAGCUAUAUCACCUAUGAGCCCCCGGAAGGAGAAGCCAGUGCGACUCUGCAAAUGGAGAAUGCCUCAGUCCAGGGGAAGAAGGAGGAAUAUUUCAUCUGAUGGCUCCCAGGCUCCCAAAGAAUUCCUCUGGCCUCCAAAUGCAAGACUGAGUGUUUAAUUUAUUAGGUGGAAGAUGCAUCUGAAGCCAGAGACAGGUGGUGAUAAUGGGCAAGUCUGUGUUCUCUCUAGAUCAGGAUCCAGGGACACCCCCGACCCAGAGACCCAGGGGACAAAGGGAAGUAGAAAAAGCAGAUUCUGAUGCCUUUAGCUAGACCUUUGUCAUGGAUCCUAGUGGCAUAGGCCAAAUGGCCUUUAUAACUAGAUAGGGCAUGUGAACGCUUACCCAGUUACCUCCUGUACUCUUAUUUGGUGGGGGAAUGGUGAUGGGGGUCACCCAAUCCUACUCCAUACUCCUAGCCUCCUGGCUGCAUCAUGUAACUCAUGAAGAAUCCUAACCACUGGCCCCAGAAAGUUAUUUGGUAUCUUGCUAACUAGCACAGCCAGCUUGGGGAGGGGGAUGGUUGUGGUGAUGGUGGUAAUAAUUCAACCAUUAACUGACCUCACCUGCUAGUAUCUGGGCCAUACCCUUUUCUCAAGCCCCUUGCUCCCCAGUCCAGUCUCUUAUUCUCAAUCCAGUCUUGUAUUUGUGUUAUUUUUUUAUCUGAAUUAAAACUUUUCAUUUUCAUUUUUAUUUUCAUUUACAGGAGGUAGAGAAUAAUAGUCGGGGGCAGCUAGG